GUGAAGCCUCCCUCUCCCUCCCCAAUGGCACCUCCUCCGAUGUUAAUUAAUCGCAAAAGGGCUGGUUUGAGCAGAAUCUGGCCUUGUGCAGGAACCUCUGGUGCCCUGAAGUAGCAAUGGCAACUCUAGCUUCCAUGGCUGAUGAUUUGUACGAGGCCAUCAACAAUGGAGAUGUUGACACGGUUAUGGAUCUGUUGAAAAAAGGUGCCAAUGUGAACGUGCUUCCUUCAUGCGGGAGAACGGUGCUUGGACGUGCUGCACAGCUGGGUCACCUGGCCAUUGUGUGCCUGCUCCUGGACGCAGAAAAGUUCUACACAACGCCCGAGGAGGAAGAUGUGGACACAGAAAGCAUGUUCUCCCGCCUGACCUCCACUGCCAACCCAACUGCCACGCAGACUUCCGCCACAAGCUCCGCCUGUCCCCCCCUGGCCGCAGCCUCCCUGGUCACGACCUCGUCUUCUGUGUGGGCUGCCCUUCCCGUCUCUGCCGCGGCCACCGUGGCCUCGUCUUCGAACAUCCGUCCUUCCAUGGGGUCUACGCUCAAGAGCCCUCAACCACACAAGUGCUGUUCUCCCAGCAUAGACUCCGAGACUUGCACCUGUAGCGAUGAGCUAUGGGGUUUAGAUUUAAGUGACACCAAUCAACACAGCGACUGGGAGCCUGGGCGCUGUGGUCAGGACCUCCCCAACAACAACAACGAGGACAACUCUGAAAUUGAGGUGGAGGGGGAGUUCAGUGCCCCUGUGUGCCCCCACCCUCCCACUCAGUACACUCCCAGUAACAUUGGCUACUAUGUGUAUGAGUACAGAGAGGAGGAUGAGGAUACAGGUGAUUCUUCAGGUCCAGUUCUGUCUUCCACUGAGGACUCAGACUCUGCUCUGAUUGCUGAGAAGCGCCACCACCACCACCCCCACCGGCACUCAGCCUCUAUUCUCCUGCAGCGCACACUUGGCAGGGGAAGAGCCAACAUUGUGUCCUCUGACUCAGAGUUCGAGACCGAGCACCGCCGGAGGAGAAGACAUGCACGACACAAUCACAGGCCUCAUCGCCACGACAGAGAUCAUGGACGUCACAAAACCCUAGUACACUCCCACCACUCCAGCCCAUGGCUUGCACAGCUGCACUCAGAGUACCUCUCCCUGGGGCUAAGUUCUCCCUGGUCCCUGAGGCGUAACUGUGACAUCAACCAGCAGGACGCCUAUGGCCGCUCUGCGCUGCACUAUGCCACAGAGCAGGGCCACACCUACAUUGUGCACAUGCUUAUCAAGUCAGGAGUUCAUGUCGACACCCCUGAUGCAGAACACAUGACUGCCUUGCAUUUAGCUGCACAGCGUGGACUAGCAGAAGUUGUCAAUCUGUUGCUGGAGGGAGGUGCUAGGGUCAACAACAAAAUGAAUGAUAAGAGUUCCCCCUUACACAUCGCCGCUUCUCGAGGCUACACGGACAUCGUGGAAACCUUGCUGGACCGAGGGGCGAAAAUUGACUCCCUGGACAGUUCUGACCGCACACCACUCAUCCUGGCUGUCUCAAGGUCUCAUUUCAAGGUUGUACAACUCCUGCUCAACAGAGGGGCCAAGGUCAACAUAGAAGAAAUUCAUGGGUACACACCCUUGUGCGAGGCUGUCUGGCACAAAGACCUCAAGCUUGUGCAAAUGCUACUUACUGCGGGGGCAAAAGUUACCCAGUCACACUACCUUCUUCAUUAUGCUGUACUUCACAGGCACUAUCAGCUCGCAGAACUACUCCUGGGUGCAAGGUGCAUUGUGAACCUGAGAGACGACAAUGGCGAUACUCCGCUUAUCAUAGCUGCACGGACAUGUCAACCCUCUGUUAUGAAGCUCUUGUUGAAACAUGGUGCUAAUGCCAACUACCCCAAUGGCUUAACGGGCACAACACCACUCCAUGAAGCCAUUGCAACACCGGAUUCCCUAUUCAGUGAUUUCUGGGUGAUGUUUUCCCUUCUGCGCUCACAUGGUGCCAAGCUUGACAUAGAGACAGUGACGGCAGGAGACACACCUCUCUACCGGGCCUUGCUCAUGGAGAAGAAUAAAGUUGCUGCUCUCCUCAUCAGACAGGGAUGCAAUGUAAACCACCACACCCCAGCAGCAACCCCAGACUACCUGCACAUGACAGCUCUGAGAGGUCAUGCUCCUCUGGCAACACUGCUGAUACUGGCAGGUUUCAAGCUAUGGCAGGCACAGUGGCUGAUGGAAAGCUCCACACCUGGAUCACUCCAGUCACGACUAGCUGUUGUAAGGUCUCAGCCUCUGACCCUUGCUGACCUUUGCCGAAUCUACAUCCGUCAGCGGCUGGGCGACCGGAUCCAGGUUACACUUGAGGCGUCUCCCCUUCCGCCGAGAGUGAUAAGGUUUCUCAUGCUGGAGGAUGUGGCUGAAGUUGACCUGUGAUGAAUUUAGAACUUAGAUAAUCUACGCUUUAUUUAUUUAUUUAUUUAUUGUUAUUUUUUUUUUUCACACAAUUUUUUUUUCUUGUUAUUUCAUUAUGGAGUAAUAUUACGUUCAUAAUUUUACUUUCCUUUCUUUAUUUUCAUUAUUGUUAUAGUUAUGAUUUUUAAGAGCUUUUCUUCAACAGUGAUAGUAGCAGCUGCUGGAAUGUUUAUUUUAGGAAUAAGGAGUCAGACUGUCAGUUAUUCAUAGCAAAAAUUAUGAUUUAACGAAAUGGUUCUGCUGUAACCUAAUGCAGAAAUACUCCUUUUUUGUGUAUUAUUUCAUCUCUUUCUUUUUCACUUUCUCCUCCAAUGUAUGUUUUUUCCUUCUGCCAUAUCUUCUCAUUCUUUGUUUUCUCUUUUUUCUAUCAUCUUCCUUAUUCUUUUUCUUUCAUCUCUUUUAAGCAAUUCAUUUAUUUUCUUCUUCAUUUUCAUCAAUCCUUUUCCUCUUUCCUCCUCACUCUCUUCUUCCUGAUCUUCUCUCUCUUUUUUUCUGCUCCAUCAUUGAAUGAACCUCAUUGCUAGAUUGCCCUAACAACAGAAUGAGAAAAAGCAAUGUUCCUAAGGAAUUCAAAAGGUGCUUCAUUUUGCAUGGUAGGCGGGAGACACAGUACAGUGUGCAUGUUUUUUGAAUCUCAUGUUAUUUAUGGAGGCCGUUUUAAGGAUCCGUGAUUGUUUUUAGGUAUAAGUAAAGAUUUUAAAGACAAUGAAACUGGAGAUCUUUUAUAAUCAUAUAUAUUUAUAUAUAUACAUACACACACUAACUCAUACACUGCCAAAGUUGUGUUGAUGCAGUUUAACUAAAAAAAAAAAAGAAGAAAAGAAAAGCAAGACAAAAAAUGAAUGUUUCUUUUUUAACCGUUACCUUUCUUAGUGCAUUAGCUGGCAUUGGUCAAUUAUUAUUUGCCUAUACACUAUUUAUCACCAUUAAAGAUCUUUCUCUUAGUUUUAGAACAAGCUAUGCCAAAGAAAUUAGAAAUUGCACCAGAUAAAGUCAUCUUCGUUAUGACAACAAAUAAAUAUUAAUAUAUGGAAAUGGACAUCUGUUCAUAUUACAAGAGGGGGAAAAUGCACCAAUUCACAACCUGCAAGUUUAGUCUGAUCAACAUGACUUCAAUAUUAUUAACUUCAACACUGCAUUAGCUUUUAACACACAACAUUCUGCCUUUGCUUUAUGCACAAUAAAAUGCAUGUAGCUAAGUUCCAUUACCAUUUUUGCUAAGGAAAGUUUCAAGGGAUUCUUCACAUGUUAUUGUGACAAUUAUUGCUGCAGUUUUUGUGAGUAACAAUGAAUGGGGUGUCAUAUUUUGUACACUAAUAUUACCCUCUUCUGUUUUAAUAACUAACAUUGAAAUGUAUGACAUAAUUUGCUUUAGGUAUAAUUUUGAUAUUAGUGUUAUUGUUACUGUUGUUGAUAUUUUUUUAAAAGUUAUCAUUAUUAGCAUUAUUAAUAUUGUUUUGCUUUCUAUUUCAUUUUUAUUAUUAUUUUUUUUUUUUAUGGUGAUGUUUUUUUUU